AUGGUGCCUAAUACUCGCCCCGUCGCAGUGCCCCCAGUGACCAAGGGGGCGGCGCUGCUCCCGCUCAUUCUCAGCUGCAUGGUGCUUUCCUCUUUGGCUGACAGCCUGCCAAGUUUCGUCAAGUCCCCGGAGGACCAGACGGGAAUCUCUGGCGGCGUUGCAUCAUUCGUGUGCCAGGCCACAGGAGAGCCCAAGCCCAGAAUCACCUGGAUGAAGAAAGGCAAGAAAGUCAGCUCCCAGCGCUUUGAGGUGAUCGAGUUUGACGACGGCUCGGGCUCCGUUCUGAGGAUCCAGCCCCUGCGCACGCACAGAGACGAAGCCAUCUACGAGUGCACCGCCACCAACGGAGCCGGCGAGAUCAACACGAGCGCCAAACUCACCGUACUCGAAGAGGACCAAAUACCUCACGGCUUCCCCACCAUCGACAUGGGCCCCCAGCUACGAGUGGUGGAGAAGACGCGGACGGCCACCAUGUUGUGUGCGGCCAGCGGGAACCCGGACCCGGAGAUCUCGUGGUACAAAGACAUGCUCCCUGUGGAUAUCAACAGCAGCAACGGGCGCAUCAAACAGCUCCGCUCAGGAGCACUUCAAAUUGAGAACAGCGAGGAGUCGGACCAGGGAAAGUACGAAUGCAUCGCCAUGAACAGCGCCGGGACCCGAUACUCUGCUCCUGCCAAUCUAUACGUGAGAGUUCGCAGAGUGGCCCCCAGGUUCUCCAUCCCUCCCACGAACCAGGAGGUGAUGCCGGGCGGGAGCGUGAACCUCACCUGCGUGGCCGUGGGGUCGCCCAUGCCCUACGUAAAGUGGACCAAAGGCACCCAGGACCUGACCGAGGAGGAGAACAUGCCGCUGGGGCGGAACGUGCUGGAGGUGACCAACAUAAGAGAGUCGGCCAACUACACCUGUGUGGCCAUGUCCUCACUGGGCAUCAUCGAGGCAACUGCUCAGGUCACAGUCAAAGCCUUGCCAAAGCCUCCUGCCUCCCUCACCGUUACCGAGACCACUGCCACCAGUGUGACUUUGACCUGGGACUCUGGAAACCCGGAGCCCGUGUCCUACUACAUGAUCCAGUACAAGGCCAAGUCCUCCGACAACGGCUUCCAGGAGGUGGAGGGUGUGGCCACCACCCGCUACAGCAUCGGCGGCCUCAGUCCUUACUCCGAGUACGAGUUCAGAGUGAUGGCGGUUAACAACAUCGGCCGCGGACCCCCCAGCGACCCUGUGGAGACCCGUACAGGAGAGCAGGCGCCCUCUUCCCCCCCUCAGCACGUACAGGCCCGCAUGCUGAGCGCCAGUACUAUGCUGGUUCAAUGGCAGCCGCCAGAGGAGCCCAACGGACAAAUACGAGGCCACAGAGUUUACUACAGCUCAGAUCCCACUGCUCCUCUCAGCGCGUGGCAAAAGCAUAACACCGAUGCCAGCAGGCUCACCACCAUUUCGGGACUGAUUCCUGACAUCACCUACAGCCUGAGGGUCCUUGGAUUCACGUCAGUGGGAGACGGACCGCCCUCCGACAUCCUGCAAGUGAAGACCCAGCAGGGAGUCCCUGCUCAGCCGUCCAGUUUCGAAGCCGAGGCGGAACAAGACGAUCGCAUCAUGCUCACAUGGCUUUGGCCCGUGCAAGACCCCAUCAGCAAGUACGAGCUCCAGUACGGCGAGGUCGGCUCCGACGUCUGGAUCCAGAAAGUUAUCGAGCCCGCUGGUUCUCAUGUGGUGGACGGGCUCAAGCCGGACACGCUGUACCGCUUCAUGCUGGCAGCUCGCUCUGAAGUGGGCCUUGGCGUCUACACGCAGCCCGUGGAAGCCCGCACCGCUCAGUCCACCCCCUCCGCCCCCCCUCAGCACGUGCACCUGCUCAGCCUCAGCUCCACCAGCCUCAAGGUGAGUUGGGUGGCCCCUCCCGCCGACAGUCGCCACGGCGCCAUUGUGCGCUACACCGUGAGCUACCAGGCCCUGUCCGGAGAAGACACGGACCGACAUGACGUGGCCGGCAUCGGGGCGGACGCCAGCAGCUACGUGCUGGAAGGUCUGGAGAAGUGGACUGAGUAUCAGGUGUGGGUCAGGGCGCACACUGAUGUAGGCCCGGGCCCAGAGAGCUCCCCCGUCAAGAUGAAAACAAAAGAAGAUGUGCCCGGAGCGCCCCCAAGGAAGCUGGAAGUAGAAGCUCUGAACUCCACUGCCAUCCGGGUGACCUGGAAGCCACCCCUCCAGCAGAAGCAGCACGGGCAGAUCCGAGGUUACCAAGUCAUCUUUUCGCGCCUUGAAAAUGGAGAACCACGUGGCCAGCCCAACAUCCUCGAUGUAGCUUUGCCAGAGGCCCAGUGGAAUAUUGACGAGUCCACCGAGCAUGAGGCUAUUAUUGGUGGAUUACUAUCAGAAACCACAUACUCGGUGACGGUAGCAGCCUACACAACCAAAGGGGAUGGCGCUCGGAGCAAAGCGAAAGUCAUCACCACGACCGGAGCAGUGCCCGGAAAACCCACUAUGAUGAUCAGUACCACGAUGGGGAACACUGCCCUGAUCCAGUGGCAGCCUCCUAAAGAGAUGGUGGGUGAGCUGAUAGGAUACCAGCUUCAGUACAAACGCACAGACGACGAAAACUUUACAUCCCGAGAGCUGAAGGGGAAGGACGAGCACUACACUGUCACCGGCCUGCACAAGGGCGCCAACUACAUUUUCCGACUGAGCGCCCGUAAUCGCGCAGGGAUCGGAGAAGCCUACACCAAAGAAAUAAGUACCCCUGAAGACAUACCCUCUGGUUUCCCCGUCAACCUCCAAGUGACAGGUCUGACCCAGGCUAGUACACAGCUGACAUGGGAGCCCCCCCUGCUGGCGGAGAGGAAUGGGAAAAUCACAUACUACAUGGUGGUCUACAGGGAUAUCAACAGUCAUCAAAACAACACAAAUAAAACCACAGAGAAUCAUAUGACCAUUCAUGGCUUGAGCCCUGAUACCACCUACGACAUCCGAGUCCAGGCCUACAACAGUAAAGGAGCAGGUCCACUAAGUCCCAGCAUACAGAGCAGGACCAUGUCUAACGAUUUUCCCACCUUAAACUUUGGCGUCAAAGCUGUCAUGAAGACAUCUGUUCUCCUCACCUGGGAUUUGCCUCCUAACUACAAGUCCCAAGUGCCUUUUAAGAUUCUGUACAACCAGCAGAGCGUGGAAGUGGAAGGAAUCCUCAAGAGGAAGCUGAUCACCUCUCUGCAGCCCGACACGGACUACUCGUUUGUGCUGACCAGUCGAGGCAACAUCGCCGGGGGCCUCCAGCAGCAGGUGUCCAUCCGCACUGCCCCGGAUUUGAUCAAGACCCAGCCCAUCAACAAGCAGUCGGAGGGCGGCAAAAUGACCAUAGUCCUGCCUAAGGUCCAGACAAACUCUCAGAUAAGGUGGUAUUACAUCGUGGUGGUUCCCGUGUCCCAGUCCUCUCGGCGAUGGAAUAGUCCGGACGAAAUGGACCUGGAUGAGUUGGUGCGUUCCAGCGAGGGGCCCGUGCUGAGACGUCGUCGGCACCUGGAUUCUUCAAAGCCGUACAUUGCAGCCAAACUGGCCUCUCUUCCUCCCGCCUUCACUCUGGGCGAUGAGCAAAAGUACAACGGCUUCUACAACCGGCCCCUAACCAGCCAGCAGGAUUAUCUAUGCUUUGUCCUGGCUGCACUAAGAGACGACAAUUAUAUUACAUUUUCUGCAAGCCCAUACUCGGAGCUGAUCCAGGUGACUCCCAAUCGCCUGACCUCAGGGAUGGAGAAGCCAGAGAUGUUGUGGGUGAUGGGCCCAGUGCUGGCUGUAGUCCUCAUCAUCAUCAUUGUCAUCGCCAUCCUGCUCUUUAAGAAAAAGCGAGCGUCUCCACUGCCUAAAGACGAGCACUCAGGUGGGGUGAAGGACUCACUGUUGGCCAACUCCUCCGACCCAGUGGAGAUGAGACGCCUCAACUACCAGACACCAGGAAUGAGGGAGCACCCACCAAUCACAGUGGCAGACCUGGCCGACCACAUCGAGAGACUGAAGGCCAACGACGGGCUGAAAUUCUCCCAAGAGUAUGAGUCGGUUGACCCGGGCCAGCAGUUUACCUGGGAGAACUCCAAUAUGGAAGUGAACAAGCCAAAGAACCGCUAUGCAAACGUGAUCGCCUACGACCACUCUCGAGUCGUGCUCACCUCCGUGGAUGCUGUUCCAGGCAGUGACUACAUCAACGCCAACUACAUCGAUGGCUACAGAAAACAGAACGCAUACAUCGCGACACAAGGCCCGCUUCCGGAGACUCUCAGCGAUUUCUGGCGAAUGGUGUGGGAGCAGAGGUCUAAUACCAUAGUGAUGAUGACCAGGCUGGAGGAGAAGUCGCGGGUGAAGUGUGACCAGUACUGGCCGGUGCGGGGCACGGAGACCUAUGGGAUGAUCCAGGUCACCAUGCUGGACACAGUGGAGCUGGCCACUUACAGCGUUCGCACGUUCGCCCUCUACAAGAAUGGCUCGAGUGAGAAGCGAGAAGUGAGACAGUUCCAGUUCAUGGCCUGGCCUGACCACGGCGUACCCGAGUACCCCACCCCCAUCCUGGCCUUCCUCAGACGGGUCAAGGCCUGCAACCCUCCGGACGCUGGGCCCAUGGUGGUCCACUGCAGCGCGGGCGUGGGCCGGACAGGUUGCUUCAUUGUGAUCGAUGCAAUGCUGGAGCGCAUGAAGCACGAGAAGUCUGUGGACAUCUACGGCCAUGUGACUUGCAUGAGGGCCCAGAGGAACUACAUGGUCCAGACCGAAGACCAGUACAUCUUCAUCCACGAGGCUCUCCUGGAGGCGGCCACCUGCGGAAACACAGAGGUCCCAGCACGCAACCUGUACGCCCACAUCCAGAAGCUGACGCAGCCGCCACCCGGAGAGACGGUCACCUCCAUGGAGCUGGAGUUCAAGAGACUGGCCAACUCCAAAGCCCACACAUCACGGUUCAUCAGCGCCAACCUGCCCUGCAACAAGUUCAAGAACCGCCUGGUGAACAUCAUGCCUUUCGAGUCCACCCGGGUCUGUCUGCAGCCCAUCCGUGGCGUGGAGGGAUCGGACUACAUCAACGCCAGCUGCAUCGAUGGCUACAGACAGCAGAAGGCCUACCUGGCCACACAGGGGCCGCUGGCUGAGACCACGGAGGACUUCUGGAGGAUGCUGUGGGAACACAACUCUACCAUCGUAGUGAUGCUCACCAAACUGAGAGAGAUGGGACGGGAGAAGUGCCAUCAGUACUGGCCCGCCGAGCGCUCUGCCAGGUACCAGUACUUCGUGGUGGACCCCAUGGCUGAGUACAACAUGCCUCAGUACAUCCUCCGAGAGUUCAAAGUCACAGAUGCAAGAGAUGGACAGUCCAGAACCAUUCGCCAGUUUCAGUUCACAGACUGGCCUGAGCAGGGGGUGCCAAAAACGGGAGAGGGCUUCAUCGAUUUCAUUGGUCAAGUGCACAAAACCAAGGAGCAGUUUGGACAGGACGGACCAAUCACUGUACACUGCAGUGCUGGAGUGGGGCGGACUGGGGUCUUUAUCACCCUGAGCAUCGUCCUGGAGAGGAUGAGGUACGAAGGCGUGGUUGACCUGUUCCAAACCGUCAAGACGCUCCGGACACAGAGGCCCGCCAUGGUGCAGACUGAGGACCAAUACCAGCUGUGCUACCGCGCCGCCUUGGAGUACCUGGGGAGCUUUGACCACUAUGCAACGUAA